AAUAUUGAAAGAGUAUAUGGUAUAUAGGAAGGAGGCGAGGGAAGAGGAGGUUCGAGAAGCGCAGAGAAGCAGCGUGUGUGGGAGAGAGACAGUUGUGUCCGGUCCUGUGUCUUGUUCCCAGUCACUCCUCCCUGCCAGCCAGCCACCAUGCAACCGCAGAUCAUCUUGAUGAAAGAGGGGACGGACUCCUCUCAGGGUAAACCACAAUUAAUCUCGAACAUCAAUGCUUGCGCAGCCGUUGUUGAUGCCAUUCGCACUACUCUGGGGCCACGUGGUAUGGAUAAGCUCAUUGUCGAUUCUAAGGGACAAGCAACAAUUAGUAAUGAUGGUGCUACUAUAAUGAAGCAGUUGGAUAUUGUUCAUCCUGCAGCUAAAAUUUUAGUAGACAUUGCAAAAUCUCAAGAUGCUGAGGUUGGGGAUGGCACCACCACAGUCGUAUUACUGGCUGGACAGUUUUUGGAACAGUGUAAAACCCUAAUUGAAGAGGGUGUCCACCCUCAUGCUAUUAUCAGGGCUUUCAGGCGGGCUACAACUCUUGCUAUAGAAAAGAUAAAUGAAAUUGCUGUUAAGAUAAACAAAGAGGAUGCAGCCGAGCUUCGGUCCCUUCUUAUGAAGUGUGCUGGAACCUCUCUCAACAGCAAGUUAAUUCACCAACAGAAGGAUUUCUUUGCUGAAAUUGUUGUAGAUGCUGUCAUGUCACUGGACCUGCUCCUGCCACUUGACAUGAUUGGCAUCAAGAAAGUUCCAGGUGGUGCCUUAGAGGAGUCUUUCCUUGUUGAUGGUGUGGCUUUUAAGAAGACAUUUUCGUACGCAGGUUUUGAGAUGCAGCGUAAACAUUAUGAGAACCCAAAAAUUGCUCUCUUGAACAUUGAACUGGAACUCAAGGCUGAAAGGGACAAUGCAGAAAUCAGAGUGAAUAAUGUUGAGGAGUACCAAAAAAUUGUUGAUACAGAGUGGAAUAUUCUGUAUCAAAAGCUGGACCUUAUCCACAAGUCUGGGGCCAAGGUAGUGCUGUCUAAACUCCCAAUAGGUGACGUAGCUACGCAAUAUUUCGCCGACAGAGACAUGUUUUGUGCUGGCCGUGUUGUAGAUGAAGACAUGAAGCGAACCAUCAAAGCCUGCGGAGGAGCAAUCAUGUCAACUGCGCAUGAUCUUAAUAAUUCUGUUCUUGGCACUUGUAAGCUCUUUGAAGAGAAGCAAAUUGGUGCUGAAAGAUUUAACUUCUUCACUGGCUGCCCACAAACAAAAACUUGUACAAUUGUUUUACGUGGUGGAGCAGAGCAGUUCCUUGAAGAAACGGAACGAUCAUUGCAUGAUGCAAUCAUGAUUGUUCGCAGGGCGCUGAAGCAUGAUGCUGUUGUGGCAGGUGGUGGUGCUGUCGAGUUGGAAAUUAGCAAACAUCUGAGAGAAUACUCGCGCUCAAUUGCCAGCAAAGAGCAGCUUUUCUUGGCUGCUUAUGCCAAAGCAUUGGAAGUAAUUCCUAGACAGCUGUGUGAUAAUGCGGGCUUUGAUUCAACUACUGUACUUAAUAAGCUGAGGGCCCGUCAUGCUGAAGGAGGUAAAUGGUUUGGUGUUGAUGUCAUGAAUGAAGAUAUUGCUGACAACUUGAUAGCUUGUGUUUGGGAACCAGCACUUGUGAAGAUCAAUGCCCUGACAGCAGCCUCUGAGGCUGCGUGUCUUAUCCUCUCCGUUGAUGAAACUAUCAGAUCACCUCGGUCAAGUGCAGAAGGUCCACCCAUGCAGGGUAGGGGACGUGGAAGACCCAUGUAAAUGUCCAAGUCAACUUGUAGAUGGUUACCCCAUUGCCGACAUUUCAAUUCAUAUACCAGCUUGUUAACUAGAGGCAUUUGAAUCUAGUUCUAAUGGAGUUAAUUAACCAAUGUUAAAGCAUCUCAAAUUUUAACUCAUUGUAAUAACUAUUGGCAAUGUCUUAACCACAGACAUAAUAACUUUUAGGAUAAAAAACCAUGUAUUUGUGUAUGUUAUGUAAAGGGUUUGAACUGUACCAAGUCUUUUGCAUUCCUGAGUACAUUAUCAAGGUCGAAGUGUAUGUCUAGAAUGAAACUUAAAUUUCAGUGAGUAGUACGGUUGCUACCCUGGAUCCAGUCCUCUUGACCCGUUGCCUCCAUUCCUGAGGGUACCCCUUAUACUGUAUAGGGAAUGCCGAUUAGUUGACCUGGGAUUCCGAGAACUGGAGUUUGAACUCCAGUUCUCGGAAUCCCAGGUCAACUGAUUGUCAUUCCCUAUAUAAGGGGUACCCUCGGGAAUGGAGGCAACGGGUCAAGAGGACUGGAUCCAGGGUAGCAACCGUACUACUCGCUGAAAUUUAAGUUUCAUUCUAGACAUACACUUCGACCUUGAUAAUGUACUCAGGAAUGCAAAAGACUUGGUACAGUUCAAACCCUUUACAUAACAUGCAUGAAUGUGAGGUAAACCCCACCAAAAGGGAUGUCACCUAAAUAUUAUGUAUACCUAAUUUCUAUAUUAAAGGUAUUAAAAUAA